AUGCCUGAAGCUCGGACCAGGUCCGACACUGGCGCCCAGCGAUCGCCGUCCCCCGCCGAACGAGUACCUUAUGCUGGUUGCGCUCGGUCUGCGGCUGCCCGCGCGCGUCAGCUUUGCCAUUUGCACCCAAACACUGUCUUUCGACGCGUCUAUACAAGCGGGAAAGAGCCCUCAAGCUCUCAUACAAUCCACCACAGAUCAUACGCUCAUCAACUUCGAGCCGCCACCCGUACGCCCGGGUUACAAUUGACGCACUUCCAUAACGGAAAUUACAAAACACAACUAGUCUCAUCCCUGUCCUUCUGUGAAAGGAUGGCCCCGUCGGACAAGAAGCUCGAGACGGCGCUUCUCGACACGGUUCGCGAUGUCUACAAGACGGAUUUAGAUAACCUCACCGUGAACUUUAUCCGAAAACGCGUCGAGUCGGACCUCGAACUCGAAGCUGGAUUCUUUUCGUCGGGAAAGUGGAAGGACAAGAGCAAGAAGCUAGUAAAGGAGCUUGCAACCGCGCUCAUGGAGGGCAAUGCCGACCCCGAUCCCGAGUCCGAGGAAGACGCGAGCGCGAAGCCAAAGAAGACCGGCAAACGUCAAUCUGCCGAUACCUCACCACCCGCGAAACGUAGGAAACGGGCAUCUGCUCAAAAGGAGGAGGAUCUUGAAGACAGCGGCAUAGAGAGCGAUAAGCCCGAGCCCAAGUCCAAACCCAAGCCCAAACCAAAGAAGGCGGCGCCACGAAAGAAGAAGCAGGAUACCCCCGUUAUUGAUUCGGACUCCGAGCCAAGCCCCGUCAAGUCAAACCCGUCCAAAGCUCGUAACGGACGUGCAAGCAAGAUUGAGGACAGUGGCUCGGAUGACCUUAGCUCCCCGCCAGACAGUGAUGAGGACGCUCUCGAAAGUCAAAAGGCGGAAACAGAAGAUGAGAAGCCCAAGGCGCCCCUGGAGAAGGAGGUUACAGCUUCUGUUGACACAAAGGAAGACAAGCCAACCGGAAAGAACCCCCAAGUCACCACUGAGAGGAAGGAUGAGGUGAAGCCUGCGAUGGACGACACAAGUAGUGAGCUGUCCGACGUGAUAGAUGAGCCGCCCAAACCGAAACGCAAGAAGAAGGAAGCCGGAGCUGGCAGCAAGGCGCCCAAGCCGAAGAAGGCAUCUGCAGCUCCGGAGAACCCCGACGAUGCCGAAGUCAAGAAACUGCAAUCUCAGCUGGUCAAGUGUGGCAUUCGCAAGAUUUGGGGAUUCGAGCUGAAGCAAUACGGGGACGAUACCAAAGCCAAGAUCAGGCAUCUCAGAGAAUUGCUCAAGGACAUCGGCAUGGACGGCCGCUUCUCCGAGGCCAAGGCUAAGGAAAUCAAGGAGCGUAGAGAGCUUGAAGCAGAUCUGGAGGCAGUCCAAGAGAUGAAUGCAAACUGGGGCGCGGGUGGCCGAUCAUCGAGAAGCAAGGCGCGCGGGCAGCCGGCGCUGAAGAAGGCCACGGAGGACGAUGUUUCCGUUCCUGAAAAUGACAAGCAAAACGACGACGAUGACGACGAGGAGCAGGAGGCACACAUUCCCUCACGUGCGCGUGGCAAGGCGCGAGCAGACCUUGCGUUCCUGGGAGAUGAUGACGAGGAGUCAGACUGA